AUGGAUGGCAAAUCCGAUUGCUUGCCCUCUUCCAACGAUCCAGAUGGGCCGCGUCAGCCCCCGCCCGCCCUGCCGAAGGACCUGGGCCUUCCUACGCCCCCCGCCCUGUCGGGGGCGGACUUCCGGUCCCUCGGGCUGGGGCUGUGGCCGGGAGACCUGAGGGCGCACCCCUUUUUCUUCCCCUCCGCCACCGCCGCCUCGCUGCUGCAUUCGCCUACUAGCCCCACAUCACUCAUGCACAGGUCCAAUUCUUCCCCUUCCGGUGGCAACGGAGGUGUACUUCCUGCUCACUACACGAGUGACCUCUUCCGGCCUUUUCCUUGCGUUUCAUUUCCACUACUGGGUUUGGGCUCUACGUACCCAGAUUCACUCAAGCAGCUCCACUCGCACCACCACCACCUCCACAACCACUUUAAAGACGCAGGCCUUCUCCUGGGCAGCCCUCCCGGCGUCAAGUCCCAGCCGGGCGUGCGUCACUCGGACGUGUACUCGUGCGUCAAGUGCGACAAGAUGUUCAGCACUCCGCACGGACUCGAAGUGCACUCGCGGCGCUCCCACAGCGGUCGUAGGCCCUUCGCCUGCGAGCUGUGCAGCAAGACCUUCGGGCACGAGGUCAGCCUCAGUCAGCAUCGCGCGGUGCACACCGCAGAAAGAAGCUUCCAGUGCAAGCAGUGCGGCAAGACCUUCAAGAGGAGCUCCACCCUCUCCACCCACCUGUUGAUCCAUUCCGAUACUAGGCCCUACCCCUGCCAGUACUGUGGGAAGCGGUUCCAUCAGAAGUCGGACAUGAAGAAGCACACCUACAUACACACAGGAGAAAAGCCACACAAGUGUACAGUGUGCGGCAAGGCCUUUAGCCAGUCUUCAAAUCUCAUCACCCACAGCCGCAAACAUACAGGAUUCAAGCCAUUUGCUUGUGACAUUUGCGGAAGAGCAUUCCAAAGGAAGGUUGACUUGCGAAGGCACAAAGAAACUCAGCAUUCGGACCUCAGAACUGGUCUUCACUGA